AAAGCAGAAAAAGGAGGCUUGGUUUUCUUUUCCUUGCGGCUUCUGCUAAGCAAGCAUCUUUCCUUUCCCUCACUUUUUCUCUCCAGUGUUCUUCCUUUGGUUCCUCCCAUCAUUCUUUUUUUUUUUUAAAAAAAAAUUCUCUCCCUUGUUCCAACCACAGAAGGUUCUCUCCUACAGAUCAAUUCUUUCAGAUUUUCAAUUUCCAACCCUGAAAAGGCCAUAAAAAUUUCCCUGAUUUUCGUUCAGGAAAUUUCCCUCCCUCCUAUUUUCUGGUGUUUCAUUGAUCAACCCCACCAAAAAACACUUUUUUUUUUACAAAAAAAAGUUCCUCCCCAACCCCCCCCCCCCCCCCCCCGUAAAUACCUCACUUUUUUUUUUCUUUUUCCUUGGUUUUCAAUAUUUUUUAGCUUCAAAAGCCUCUGAAUUUGACACUUCCCUGAUCUCAAGUUUUAUACUUUGUUCAAAUCUUUGCUUCUUCUUCUUCUCCUCAUCCUUCUCUAAUUUCUGCUAACAGUCCCUUCUCUCUCUGUCUCUCACAGUACAUACUCACUUUUUUUUUUCUUUUCAAUUUUCUAUAUUUGAGCUUCAAAACUCAAGAGCCUCUGAAUUUGGCACUUCCCUGAUCUCAAGUUUCACUUUAGUAGUGAAAUCUUUGCUCCUCCUCCACCACCUUCUUCUUAUUGUUAUUCUUUUAGAAUUCUGAUUUGAUGGGAAUCUGCCAUGGGAAACCCAUUGAAACCCAACAAAGUCAAAGAGAGACCAACAACCCAUCAGAAUUCCCAAGUGACCACCCAACUCCCACAAAACCCCCCAAAGCCUCAUCAAAAUUCCCAUUCUACAGCCCAAGCCCUCUCCCCAAUUGGUUCAAAAACUCCCCAUCCUCAAACUCGAACCCUAGCAGUGUCAGCUCAACACCCUUAAGGAUCUUCAAGCGCCCCUUCCCUCCGCCCUCGCCGGCCAAGCACAUUCGGGCGCUGCUCGCCCGGCGCCACGGCUCCGUCAAGCCCAACGAAGCCGCCAUACCGGAGGGGAGCGAGUGCGAGGUCGGUCUUGACAAGAGCUUUGGGUUUGCUAAGCAGUUUUCGGCUCAUUAUGAGCUCAGUGACGAAGUCGGCCGGGGGCAUUUUGGGUACACCUGCUCUGCCAAGGGCAAGAAGGGGGCGUUCAAGGGCGUGGAUGUUGCCGUCAAAGUCAUUCCUAAAGCCAAGAUGACCACGGCAAUUGCUAUAGAGGAUGUAAGGAGAGAAGUGAAGAUAUUGCGGGCUUUAACAGGACAUAAAAAUCUGGUGCAAUUCUAUGAAGCCUAUGAAGAUGAUGCCAAUGUUUAUAUAGUUAUGGAGUUAUGCAAAGGAGGGGAAUUGCUAGAUAGGAUUCUUUCCAGGGGUGGAAAGUACUCAGAAGAGGAUGCCAGAGUAGUUAUGAUCCAAAUAUUGAGUGUGGUAGCAUUUUGUCAUCUGCAAGGUGUUGUUCACCGUGAUCUCAAGCCAGAGAAUUUUCUUUUCACUUCUAAGGAUGACAAUUCCUCGUUGAAGGCCAUUGAUUUUGGAUUGUCUGACUAUGUAAAGCCAGAUGAGAGGUUGAAUGAUAUUGUGGGAAGUGCUUAUUAUGUAGCUCCAGAAGUUUUGCAUAGAUCUUAUGGGACUGAAGCAGAUAUGUGGAGCAUUGGUGUAAUUGCUUAUAUUCUUUUAUGUGGAAGCCGUCCCUUUUGGGCCCGGACAGAAUCUGGUAUAUUUCGGGCUGUACUGAAGGCAGAUCCUAGUUUUGAUGAGGCUCCUUGGCCUUCUUUAUCAGUUGAUGCUAAAGAUUUUGUAAAGAGGUUGUUGAAUAAGGAUUACCGUAAAAGAUUGACUGCAGCUCAGGCACUAAGUCAUCCAUGGCUGGUGAAUCAUCAUGAUGAUAUGAGGAUACCUUUGGAUAUGAUAAUCCACAAGCUUGUUAAAGCUUACAUUUGCUCGUCUUCCUUACGCAAAUCUGCUUUACGGGCUCUUGCAAAGACAUUAACAGUAGCUCAGCUAACAUAUCUCAGAGAUCAAUAUACUCUGUUAGGGCCAAACAAAAGUGGAUUAAUUUCUAUGCAGAACUUUAAGACGGCUGUUUUGAGGAGCUCCACAGAUGCCUCAAAGGAUUCACGGGUCUUAGAAUAUGUCAGUAUGGUUAGUUCUAUCCAAUAUAGGAAAUUAGAUUUUGAGGAGUUUUGUGCUGCUGCUAUAAGUGUGCACCAACUUGAGGGAAUGGAGACCUGGGAGCAACAUGCAAGGCGUGCCUAUGAGCUUUUUGAAAAGGAAGGAAAUAGACCAAUUAUGAUUGAGGAGCUUGCCUCGGAACUUGGGCUUAGUCCAUCAGUACCUGUUCAUGUAGUACUUCAAGACUGGAUAAGACAAUCAGACGGGAAGCUUAGUUUCUUGGGGUUUGUUAGGCUUCUGCAUGGGGUUUCUGCCCGUGCAUUUCAGAAGGCCUGAGAGAAUGCACACAGUUGCUAUUGUUUUUUCUUGCCCAUGUUACCUUUAAUUAUUUUGAUGGUCUGCUGAUGCUAACUCCAUCAGCAGACCUCAGUGAUGGCUUCUGCAAGUUGAAAGCAGUGGCUGAUAGGAAUUUGUUUCUGAAGCUUUAUGCAACAUAUAUCAAUCCCUCUUUUCCAAGAUUUUCAAACACAACCUAUUCCCCUCCUUGUUUCUCACUCACUUUAGGUUGGUGGUUCUGGAGUUAGAUGCUUGUACAGUUGAAAGCUAGACCAAAAAUUGUACUUAGGACCAUCAGAACCUCUGAAAAAUGUUGAGUUGUCUUAAGGGCUUACCCCUUGUGUACCCAUGGCACCUAUCAAUAAACCUUAUCACGUGAACUCCUUGAUAGUAGACAAAUAUUUAGCUUUUUUUUUUUUUGUAUUUAUAUGUUAUUAUUAUUCAAGGCAACAAGGAAUGGUACUUUUAUAUACAAUAGCAUUAUGGAGUUUUGAAUCUAUAACUUGCAAACUAUGCAAAUGCAAAACCUUUUUCCUCAUA